AUGGCCAACCACCAUCCUUCUCCGCCAAUGCCGAUGCCGAUGCAUCACGGUGCUCUGGGCCCGGCGCGUCCUCCGCCGGCGCAGUCCUUCUCGGCUGCGCGCCAGACACUUGCUCAAUUGAACGAGAGCGUCUGGAUCCAAAUCGGUCAACUCGCCGAGCUGAUGGGCAAUCUCGAUGAUGCCAUGGGGGCUUAUGAGCGCGCGCUCCGGCACAACCCCCAGUCUAUCCCCGCCAUGACUGCGAUCAGCUGUGUUCUGCGAACGCGCGAAGAGUUCCAAAAGGCAGCUGAGUAUCUGCAGGCCAUUCUUAGGCUGGACGAGACGAACGGUGAAGCUUGGGGCAACCUUGGUCACUGCUUCUUGAUGAUGGACGAUCUCCAGCAGGCCUAUAACGCGUACCAGAACGCGUUGGUCCAUCUACCAAGCCCAAAGGAUCCUCGCCUGUGGUAUGGCAUCGGUAUCCUUUACGAUCGGUAUGGUUCUCUGGACCAUGCCGAGGAGGCGUUCGCCAACGUCAUGGCCAUGGCCCCCGAUUUUGACAAGGCCCACGAAAUCUACUUCCGUCUUGGCAUCAUCUACAAGACUCAGCAGAAGUACCAGCAGUCGCUUGACUGCUUCAAAUACAUUGUCAAUUCCCCUCCGCCGCCGCUUACUGAGGAGGAUAUCUGGUUCCAGAUUGGCCAUGUCUAUGAGCAGCAGAAAGACUUCGAAAACGCCAAGGCCGCGUACCAUCGUGUGCUGGAGACCAAUCCCAACCAUGCUAAGGUGCUCCAGCAGCUUGGUUGGUUGUAUCACAACUCCAGCCCGUCGUAUGAGGCCCAGGAGCGGGCCAUUGAGUACCUGGAGAAGUCUGUCGCAGCCAACCAGGCUGAUGCGCAAAGCUGGUAUCUCUUGGGCCGGUGCUACAUGCAACUGCAGAAGUACCCUAAGGCCUAUGAGGCUUACCAGCAAGCCGUGUACCGUGAUGGCCGCAACCCGACCUUCUGGUGCUCUAUUGGCGUCCUCUACUACCAGAUCAACCAGUACCGUGAUGCCCUGGAUGCGUACUCACGCGCCAUCCGGCUCAAUCCCGAUAUCUCGGAGGUGUGGUAUGACCUGGGUACUUUGUACGAGUCCUGCAACAACCAGAUCGCCGAUGCGCUCGACGCGUAUCAGCGUGCGCUCGAGCUCGAUCCGAAUAAUCCGCACAUCAAAACCCGUCUCCAGCUCCUGCGUAGUGGACAGGCCAACGGCGCUCCGCCGCCGCAGCCUGUGCCUGCCGAUGUUCACCCACAAGCGUACCAGGCUCCGGGCACGGUUGGCCCCCCGGCUCCGCAGUGGACUGGCUCCGGUCCUGCGGCCCCUCCUCCGCAGCCGCAGCAACCGCCCAUUAACGGCUCCUCAGGCCCGGGUAGCACCUGGGGAAGCAGCAGAGUAUCGAGCCUGAAUCCCCCUCCACAGCCUCGCAACCCCUACGAGCGCGACUCCUUUCGUGGCCAACAACCUCCCAGCCAGCGCCAACCCAGCCCGCAGCCGGAACAGCACAUGAGGCCAUAUCCGGAGACCAACAGAGUGCAGGAGCAGCAGCAGCCUCGGCGGGGCCCUUCCCCUCCUCCACCGGCUCACUAUGCGGCUCCUCCUCCGCCCCCGCCGCAACAGGCUCAGCAGCAACCCCCGGCACAGGCGCAGACUCCGGCUCAGUCCCAGGCUCAGGCCCCACCGUCGCAGCCCCCAUCCCGGGUCAGAAACCCUAACUACAGCGGACACACCCCUGCGCCGGUCCUCCCGGCAAGCACACCGUCCAGCCAGGCUGGCUCCGCUCCAAACCCUCUGAUGCCGUACCGCACUGGCAGCCCUCGUCAGGAGAGGCAAGCGAUUCAUGAUAACCGUAUGCCAUCUCCUAAGUCGGCGUACCCUCAGUACCAAUCGCAUCCCGAGCAGAAUGGCCCUAACGGUGCUGAGCCAGGCGCUCCUCACGCUUCGCAGUCGGCUAUGCCGCCGCCGGAUACAACUCCCCAUCGCGAGCACGACCAACGCCCUCCUUCCGUUGGCCCGAAGCGGAUGCGUGAGUGGGAAGAUGAGCGGGAUGUUAAGAAGCCCAUGACGGAGGAAUCGCGUGCCCGUAUGGAGGACCUGCGUCACCGCCGCCCUUCGACCCCUCCUCGCAUGGAGCCUUAUCGCCGUAAUUCGUCCGAGGCGCGCCGCUUCGAUGAACGGCGUCUCGAGGACCCUCGCCGGGUCGAGGAGCAGCGCCGCGCUGAUGAGAUGCGUCGUGCCGAUGAGCAGCGUCAUGCGAACGAGGGCUACCACCCUUCUGAUGCUGCCCAUCACCCGCAGUCCCACUCCGUACCUGCUCACCUCCCUCCCAUGCAGCAGGGCCCGUCCCAGAUGCAGGGUCUCAUACAUGACGGCCCGAGUGCCCAAGCCGGCCCUGGCCCUGUCAAGAAGGAGUACCCAACUAGCGGCCCCGAGGAGAGACGGAUUGAGCACCCGCCUGCUUCGCUCCCUCCAAUGACCAAUGAGCCUGAGAGGGCCGCGCGCAAGAUGGAUGUCGAUGAGGACUAUGAUGAUAGCGGUGAGGAGGACAAGAAGACCGGGCCGGCGCCUGCGUCGUCGUCGGGCCCGUCUACAGCGGGCGAGUUGAAGAAUGGUGCGUCUUCGGCUAGCACCAGCAUCAAUGGCAUCAUGGCCCACAAGCCGGACGGCAACUAA